UUUGAUUUGGUUUGUAAACGGUCUCCUCCUCACAAACUGUGUGUUUUUCAGAGGAUAUCUCGAGUUUUCUGCUUCUAUAACCACCCCUGCACCUACAAAGCAGCCAUGACAUCUAAAGGUGCAAAAGAGACCAUCGUAGCUAAACUGGGUUUCAAAUCUAGCAGCUCUGCCUCCAGGGCCGAGGCGGAGCUGGAGAAACUCAGGAAGGAGAACGGUCACCUCAGGAAGAAGAUCGAUGAACAGGCCAAACGACACCCCAAACCACCUGACUCGGACAAAAGCAAGCUGCUGGAGAGGAUUCUUUCCCUGGAGACGUUGCGAGAAAGAAACAGUCAACAGUUGCUGGUCAAAGAGCAAGAACUGGAAACUGUGAGACAGCAGCUGUCAGCUAAAGGAGGAGAGGUGGUGGCAUCACUGCAGGCCCAGCUGGAGCAGCGAAAGAAGGAUUCAGAGCAGAGAGACACAUUGUUCCAGAGCUUGUCACAGGAGACAGAGAACCUGAAAAACCAGCUGGUGACUGUUUCUGCCCGGUGUCAGUCUCUGGAAACACAGGUGACUGCACAGGUACCUACCGCAGACUUGGCUUUGGUGCAGGAUCAGCUGAAAGAUGCUCUUGAGAAGAACCAGCAAUGGCUGAUGUACGAUCAGCAGAGAGAGGCCUACGUCCAGUCCGUCCUCGCCCGCAUACACGAUCUGGAGCAACAGCUGACCGAGGCCAAGCAGCAAACGAAACAAGAGGCCAGUUCAGACGCCUCCUCCAGCUCUGCAGGUCCAGGAAAGGAUGCUCAAGCAAAGAGCCACUAUGAUGAGUUGCUGUCGGGGGUACAGAAAGACUUGGAGAAGCAAAAAAAUCAGUUUACCAGAUCCCAACAGGAGCUCAUUUUGCAGAAAGAGCUGACCUUGAAAGCACACUCCGAGCUGCAGUCUCAGAAGGAGCAGGUCAGCAGGCUCCAGGAGGAGAUGUCAGCACUGCAGAGGAAGUACGAGAGGAAGAACAGAGACUUGGAGGAGGCCAAGAUGCACCUGCAAGCAGAGCAACUCAGCAAAAGAUAUGCAGUGAGUGAGGAGAGAAAGGUGUCAUCUGAGCAAGCAGACAGGAUGAAAGUUGAUCUGGAGAAUAUGGAUAUCAGACUGGAGGAGGAGAGGAAGAAAUCUGCUGAACUUAUGUUGCAGGUUAACAUGCUGCAGAAGACUCUUCUGAGCCAAAAUGACGAACAGCGAAGGGUCGCAGCGCUGGAGCAACAGAUCAAACUCUCUGCCAAGGACUCUGAGAAUGAAAGGAUUGAUCGUCAAAGCAUGCAGCACCAAUUACAUAAAGUGUUGAAAGAGCUUCGCAAGGCCCGUGAUCAGAUUACUAAACUGGAGUCCUCUCGACAGCCAAACACCCGUUUCUCAGAGCCCAGCUCCUACAAUCAGCUUGAGUUUGAGCGUCUUACUAUUGAUGACCCCCUUGGCCCCACAUCCCCCUCUAAAGUCGCCAACCUCCUGGAUGAAAGUUUUCUUGAGUGCCCCAACUGUCGGGCCCACUAUCCCACAAGCCGCCACAGGGAGCUCCUGGCACACAUUGACUACUGCUUUGCCUGAGUUGGUGUAAAACAGUGGUUCCCAACCGGAGUGCUUCUUUUUCAGACAUAUUUUUUAAUCUCUGAUAUUUUUCUUGUCUGUUAUUGGAUAUUUUUAUCUCAGGCCUCUAAAAUUGAAAAAGAAAAUCUGGCUCUAUAUAAAUGUAACUGGUGACAAUU